UCACUUUCCCUCCAAUGUCCCUGCUCCUUUACUUACUACUACUGCUACUACUGCUAUUCAUGCACAUCUUUAUCUCCUCUCUCUCUCUUUCUCUCUUUCUCUCUUUCUCUCUUUCUCUUUCCAUAUAUAUAUAUAUAUAUAUAUAGCUUCAUACUUUGUUUCAUCAUCUCUUCUUUCAUCCAUGGAGCUCUCUUCAUACUUUGCCAUCAAUGGUUGCAAGAAAGAUGGAGCAAAUCAUCCUUCACUCCAACUUGAACUCAAGCUACCUUGCUCUUUUGAUCUUGAUGGAAGUCAUGGCAUGAAGGAUUUAGACAAUGAGUCAGCAGGGCCUUCUUCUUCUCAAUCUCGAUGGAGAUUCGGAGAAGAUGAUGAUGCAGACCGGAAAAGAACACGGAAAAAACUUCGGCUUUCUAAAGAACAAGCUUGUUAUCUCGAAGAGAGCUUCAAAGAACAUGCCACCUUGAAUCCGAAACAAAAGCUUGCAAUUGCUAAGAGAUUGGGUCUCAGGCCAAGACAAGUAGAAGUCUGGUUUCAGAACAGAAGAGCCAGAACAAAACUCAAGCAAACAGAAGUAGAUUGUGAGUACUUGAGACAAUACUGCGAAUUCCUCACCGAAGAAAAUCAGAGGUUGCAGAAGGAAAUACAAGAUCUCAGAUCAUUGAAAUCUCCGCAACAACAACCAUUGCAAAUGCGUGCUCAAGCCGCUACGCUGACGUUGUGCCCUUCGUGCGAGCACGCUGCAUCGAUCGAGAAAGACGGCUUUGUUUCGCAAGUGAAGUUCAGAGACAAUUAUACUAGAUUGACAUGUUAAUUUUCAUUUGAUUUUGUUGCUAUGUUUCUGAACUCUUCUUGAUAGAUGUAUAUAGGGAAGGAAAAGUUUUAUAUGUUCUUUUGCUUUCCAUUUAUGUUGGCCUAGUGUUUAUUGUGCAGAAAAAUGGGGACAUUGAGACAAUGAAAUUAAUGUAUUUGUUUU